AUGACGACGAUCGACGUUAUUGUUGUGACAUUUGAUUGGCAGAAAAACAAUAUUUUGUUAGGCAGCGUUGGAUUAAGCUUGACAAUCACAAAGAUAAAAACUAUGGGACUCUGGCGGAAGGCGUUGACGUCAAUGAACGCAACAAUUCUCAACUCAAAGCAGUCGCUCGGUAUCCAGCUCAAAUUGCAACCCGAGAAAAACAUUUUCUUAUUUGAUGCUAAGGAGUCUGUCGCAGAGUGGACUGCUUCCAGCGAUAAAUCCAUCGGCGGAUUGUCGAAGUGCAAAUGGGGAUUCUAUACAGGUGAAGAGCCAAUGAAAGCUUCAGAUGACAAAGCCUCAAAAAUAUUCAUACAAAACGUUAAAAAACAGGAUCGUAUAGCAUCAGCGGUUUUCACUGGAAACUUGAGUAUGGAUUGCCAACCAACGGAAGCGGGUGUAAUUCGAAGUGGUUACUGCGCAGUACGCGCCUCUACAUCGUCAGAUUUGCUCUUGCACGGAUAUGAAGGCAUAAGUAUGCGAAUUAUGACAGACGGUCGCGAAUACCGCAUGAACAUUCAAAUGGAGAGUUGGAACCCAUUUAAUCUGUUUAUUGGCUUUAUUCGGACGCCACCCAAUGAGUGGGUGGAUAUAGAUCUGCCGUUUCGCAAUUUCUUGCUUACGGCCAAAGGAUUCGUGAAAAUUACCGAUGAGACCAAACUUGAUCCUUCUAAGCUCAAAAGUAUUGGCUUUGCAAUCGCUGAUCAGAGAGAAGGUGAAUUUGAGCUUCGAAUUCAAUGGAUAAAGGCAGUUGCACAAUUGAAGUCGUCAGACAAGGACAAAGAUCAUAACAACGAUGAUGACCGAUUCGAUCACUCUAGUGCCGACUACUUUCGGAAGCCUGCAGAUUUGGUCAUAUAA